CUCGUGUGUUUACGUGGAGAAACAUGGCGGCGACUGUGAGUCUGACAGCAAAUCCCGAAUAAAACACAGCGAAACCCCGAAAACCCACAGGAGUUGCCGUCCGAGCCGAAGCGAACACACAUGUCAGCGGUCCGCGUUCAGCGCUAAGUGUGUGUGUGGCACGUUAAUGACACGGGUGUGUGGUGUUUAAGCCGCAGGAACCGCAGAGAUGAUGGAAGACGAGGAGCGACAGAGGAAACUGCAGGCCGGCAAAGCCAAGCUGGCCGAGUACCGGCAGAAGAAAGCUCAAUCCGACGGCCAGAAGAAGCAGAAGAAGAAGAGAAAGAAGCCCGAGUCGGAAGCAGAGGAGCGUCUGAGAGAUGAGGGAGACGAGCAGCCGCGGGAUCAACACACCGUGUUCUCGCUCUCCAAGACCCUGCGCGGCGGAGAGAGCGUCACACACGAGCAGACCUACAGCAUUGAGCCCGAGAGUGAGGUCUCGACGACGGCUGAAGACUGUUCGUCUGAGGUAAAUGGUUUCCAGGAGAGGGCCGACAGUGAUUUCCCAUGGUCCUCCUGUGUGAUCGGGGAGGAGGACCUCCCUCAGACCGAAGCCCAGAUGGAGCCUGACCCGCAGAACCAGAUCCAGGUCAUGGAGGACGAGUUGGCUGCCAAGAGCAUGGCCAUAGAAGAGCUGAGCCGAGAGCUGGAGGAGAUCCGGGGAGCGUUCGGGCCCGAAGGAGGGCAGCAGCUGCCGGAGUUCGAGGAGGCGUUGAAACAGAGGGACGAGAUCAUCACGCAGCUCACCGCUAACAUGCAGCAGGCGCGGGCCGAGAAGGAGGAAGUGAUGCGUGAGUUCCUGCAGCUCACCGAGCAAAGCCAGAAACUACAGGUUCAGUUCCAACAGCUGCAGGCCGGGGAGAUCCUGAGGAGCUCCAGCAUCAGCUCCACUGCCUCAGAUCUUCUCCAGGCCCGUCAGCAGAUCACGCUUUACCAGGAGAAGAUCACGCUGUACCAGCAGCAGCUCGACGAGAGGGAGGCGCAGGUCAAAGGUCACCAGGAGAAGAUCAUGCUGUACCAACAGCAGCUUGACGAGAGGGAGGCGCAGGUCAAAGGUCACCAGGAGAAGAUCACGCUGUACCAGCAGCAGCUCGACGAGAGGGACGCGCAGGUCAAAGGUCACCAGGAGAAGAUCACGCUGUACCAGCAGCAGCUCGACGAGAGGGACGCGCAGGUCAGAGGUCACCAGGAGAAGCUAGAAGAGAUGGAUGCGCAGGUCAGAGGUCACCAGGAGAAGAUCACUCUGUACCAGCAGCAGCUCGACGAGAGGGAGGUGCAGGUCAGAGGUCACCAGGAGAAGAUCACGCUGUACCAGCAGCAGCUCGACGAGAGGGAGGCGCAGGUCAAAGGUCACCAGGAGAAGAUCACGCUGUACCAGCAGCAGCUCGACGAGAGGGAGGCGCAGGUCAAAGGUCACCAGGAGAAGAUCAUGCUGUACCAACAGCAGCUUGACGAGAGGGAGGCGCAGGUCAAAGGUCACCAGGAGAAGAUCACGCUGUACCAGCAGCAGCUCGAUGAGAGGGAGGCGCAGGUCAAAGGUCACCAGGAGAAGAUCACGCUGUACCAGCAGCAGCUCGACGAGAGGGAGGCGCAGGUCAAAGGUCAUCAGGAGAAGAUCACGCUGUACCAGAAGCAGCUUGACGAGAGGGACGCGCAGGUCAGAGGUCACCAGGAGAAGCUAGAAGAGAUGGAUGCGCAGGUCAGAGGUCACCAGGAGAAGAUCACUCUGUACCAGCAGCAGCUCGACGAGAGGGAGGUGCAGGUCAGAGGUCACCAGGAGAAGACACAGGAGCAGCUGAUACUGAUCACACAGCUUCAGGAGAGGCUGAGUGAAGCCGAGAGGUUCCGCACGCAAUCCGAAGAAUCGUCUGCGCUGAGUUUACGAGAUAAGGACUUGCUGAACACCGAACAUCAUCAGCAUCAGCAGUCGAUAGCGCAACUUCAGGAUCAGCUUCUGACCAGCAAACAACAGGCGGAAGAAGCGAACAGGCGUUUGUCAGCGAAAGCCCAAGAGCUGGACAUCUGCGAACGAGAGCUGACCGUGUCCAGGCAGAAGGAGCGCAUGUCUUCGGGAGAAAUCCUGCAGCUCAUGAAAACCGUGGAGGAUCUUCAGCAGCGCUGCCAUCAUCACGGCAGCCAAUCAGAGCGCGACACGCUGCGAGCCGAACUCGACGAGAUGUACGGGGAGCAGAUCGUGGCCAUGAAACACGAGCUCCGGGUUCAACACGCGGCCGAAGUGGACCGAAUCCGAGAGCAAAGUCGCGCCGAAGUGGAGAAAAUCGUUCAGGAGCACCAAUCCGAGAUUGAGAAGUUCAAAGGUCAGGUGUUUCAGAGCAACGUCCUGAACGUGAGGGUCAUCGAGCUCCAGCAGAAGCUGCAGGAGACGCUAGUGCUACGAGAGAAAGCGGAGCAGGAGUUAGCGCGGAUGAGUGGAGAGAAACUCAGUCUGGCGCAUCAAGUGGAGCGUCUACACAACGAGUUGCAGAGCGUGAGGUCAGAGGUCGGUGAGGUGCAGCGCCUACGUGACGCGCUUGAUGCUGCGCAGGCGGCUAACGUCGAACUCGAGGUCAAACACGAAUCAGAGAUUACGAACUAUAAGAUUAAACUCGACAUGCUAGAGCGGGAAAAAGACGCGGUGUUGGAUCGCAUGGCCGAGUCGCAGGAAUCUGAACUGGAGCGACUCCGAACGCAACUCUUGUUCAGCCACGAGGAAGAGCUCUCCCGACUCCGCGACGACCUUCAGCGGGAAGGCCAGCUCAACGUGCAGAACCUGCGGGACGAGAUGAGCGUGAGACACCGUGAGGCUAUCGACGGCUACGAGGACAAGCUAGCGUCGGCGGAGAGCGAGAGAGUCGCGCUGCUUCAGGCGCUCAAACACAGCGAGGAAAGCGGAACCUCAGAGGAGCUCGAGAGACGGAGACAGAGCGAAAUCAACAAUCUCCUGGAGCAGGUCAACAAGCUAACGCUGGAGAACGAGCAGGCGUCCGCGCGACUCGAGGAGCUUCAGGACGAGAUCGACACGCAGAGGAACACCUUCUCCUUCGCCGAGAGGAACUUCCAGGUGAACUUCCAGGAGCUGAAGGACGAGUACGUGUUCACGGCUAACGCUAAAGCACAGCUAGAGGAGCGCCUGAUCAGAGACGCCGAGGAGUUCGAGAAGAAACUCGCCGAGAUGCGAACGAGACGCGACGAGGCGGACGGGAGCGAGAAACACACGGCCGAGCUGAUGGAGAAGCUCGAGGCGGUCGAGAAAGAGAAGGAGAGCUUAGCCGAGCGGCUCUCGCUAGCGGAAGCGGAUGCUAAACGCCUGGCGGACGAGCUGGAGCUGAGAAAUAAAGCGCUGGUUCGGGACUGCAGUGUUUCUGGUGGGCUGGAGACGCAUCACACACACACCAGAUCAGGGAGGGAGAGAGAGACGCCUGCGAGUACUACAGCGAGCCGGCUCGCUCCACACACACACGCACACACUCGCGAGGAGCAGCUCGCGGUCUCCUUCAGCCUCACGCAGCAGCAUGAGACGGGAGAUGCUCAGGUCGAUGGAGACGCUGUCACAGCUUCGCGUGUGAUUCUGCCACUGGAAAUGGACGGCGCUGAGCAUGAUGAGUGCCGUCUGCAGUUGGAGGCUCAGCGCAUCAGUCUCUCGCAGAUCCACGCGGCGCAGCUGGAGCUGCUCACGGACACACACGAGCAGGAGCUGCGCAGUCGAGAGCCGGAGCAACAGGGCCUCGGUGGUCCGUCCGCAGAGCCGAGCGAGCCGACGGCCCCGCAGCUGAAGGCGGAGUUUCAGGAGAGUUGGGCUCAGCUGGAGGAGACUCACCGACGCGAGAUCGAGCGGCUGAAGCUCUUCUACCAGCAGCAGAAGCAGGAGACGCAGGAGCGCUUCACCGCUGAGAUCCUCCUCCUCCAGCAGAGACUGCAGGAGCUCUCCGGCGCCGAGGACAUCUGCAGCGUGCCGAGUGCCAGUGUGCCCCUGACCGGAGACGAGCGAGCUGAACAGGACGAGGAGCGUGUCUCUGUGAUCGCUGGGUCAGGUCUGUGGUGUGAGCUGCAGGCCGGUCAGGAAGCCCCAGGCGAGAGCUGGCGUGAGGAGCAGACGGAUCGGGAUCAGGAGCGUCGACCCGGAUCUCCUCCCGGACAGGAGAAACACCAGCAGGAGCAGCUGGAGGAGGAGAUCGCGAAGGUGAUCGUGCAGAUGUCGGUGGAGUUCGCCCAGCAGACCGAACACACACGCAUCAGCAAACAGGCCAGAGAGACGAGCACCGCUGUGCAGACGAACAGAGAUGAGGAGGCCGAGAAGGAAGAGGAGGAGGAAGAGGAAGAAGAGGAGAAGGAGGUGAUAAAGGGCAAAGGUCAUGGAAGGAGCGUGACAUCACAGUCAUCUGACCCAGAGCUCGCAUCUGAUGACAUCAUCACAGAGCGGGAUCUGCUGCGUGAGGCGAACGCUCGUCUGGUUCAGGUUCUGCUGGAGGUGCUGAAGACCACAGCGGCCGCGGAGGAGACCAUCAGCCAUGUGGAGGCCAUGCUGGAGUCCAGUCCGGGUCACAUGACCCCAGCGGAGCGGGUCAGACCGGGACCUGCUGGAGACACUGAUGACGUCAGCAUGUUUUCAGCGGAGGCCGAUGAAGGGCUGGAGAUGAAAAUCCCGGGGGCGGGGCUUCUGUAUCAGGGGGCGUGGCUUCAGCUACAGGGGGCGGAGCUCCAGCUGGAGAGGGAGGAGUUUCUGAUGAGCAUCAGCUCACGCUUGCAGAGCGCCGUAGAGAAGCUGCUCAUCGCCAUCACUGACACCAGCUCUCAGCUGGAACACGCGCGGAUCACGCAGACGGAGCUCAUGAGGGAGAAGUUCAGGCAUAACGAGGAGAUGGAGGAGCUUCUGCGCCGACAAGAGGAGCUUCAGGAGCGAGUGUGUGAGGAGAACCGAGCGAGAGAACAACUGGCACUGGAGCUGCACAGGGCUGAAGGAGUGAUUGACAGCUACAGCGGCGAGCGUGAGGUGCUGGAGCAGCAGGUGCGCGAGCGGGUCGAUCUGCAGCUUCAGCUGGAGCAGGAGUUGUGUGUGACGAGCCUCAGGCUGAGGGAACUGGAGGAGGAGCGCCAGCAGAUCCAGGACCAGCGCCAGCUCCUGUCCCGCCAGCAGGAGGCGCUGAGAGACGGCGCCGGGGCCCCAGAGCUGCGACUAGUUGAGGCUGCUCUUGACGCAGCACCUGAAGCAGACCUGCUGGAGGAGACGGAGAAGCUGAUGCUGGAGAAGGUGGAGGUGCAGCGGCAGGCGCAGAAGGAGAGUGUGGAGUUGCACCAGCAGGUGAAGCACCUGGAGGCGGAGCUUGAGGAUCAGGUGAUGCGUCUGCAGGAGCUCCAGGACACGAGCCGAUCCGAGCGAGACGACCUGCGGCAGCAGAUCCAGGCGUUGGAGAAACAGCUGGAGAACAACCGCAGGUUCAUGGACGAACAGGCCGCGGACAGGGAACACGAGCGCGACGUCUUUCAGCAGGAGAUUCACAGCCUGGAGCAGCAGCUGAAGAACCCGCCCAAAACAGGAACCGGAAGCGACCGCAGGGACCGAGAGGUGCAGGAGUUGUCCCGUGCGCUGCAGGAUAAGUCUGACUGCUGCAGUGAGCUGCUGUUGAGCGCCGAGCAGCUGCAGAGAGAUGUGUGUGAGAGAGACGAGGAGAUCGAGACGCUCGGCGCGCGCGUGAGAGAGCUGGAACACACACUCAUGCACAGGGUGGAGGAGGCUCAGCAUGUGUCCAUGGCGGGCCGAGGAGACGUCACACUGGAGGCUCAGCUCCAGACCGAGAGAGAGGCUCUGGACAGGAAGGAGAAAGAGAUAGUGAACCUGGAGGAGCAGCUGGAGCAGUUUCGUGAGGAGCUGGAGAAUAAGAGCGAGGAGGUCAAUCAGCUCAACAUGCAGCUGGAGAUCCAGAGGAAGGAGAUCAGCAGCCACCAGCUGAACCAGACCCGCCUCACACAGGUCUUGGAGGAGAAGGACAGGCAGAUUAUCGCCCUUAACGAGCAGGUCGUUAAGCAUCAGCACGCGGACACACAGCCUGAGGAAGAGGCGUUGGAGCAGAAAGAGGAGGUUCUCCUUGAUCUGGAGGCGCAGGUGGAGCGUUUGCGUAGCGAACAGGAGCGACUGAAGAGGAGCCGCGAGGAGGAGGUGGAGCAGCUCAACGCCGUCAUCGAGAAGCUCCAGCAGGAGCUGUCGCACAUCGAGCGCAAGGACGAGCCCAGCGACGAGAUGAAGCAGAAGAUGGAUGAAGUCGCGACCGAGCUCGACACGCUGAAGUCCGAACACGGCUCGCUCCGUAGCCAAUACGAGCGGCUGCGCGAGGAGACGCUAGUGGAGCUGGAGGCGGCACUGAGGGAGAAGACGGCGGCGUUCGUGGUGGUGCAGGCGCAGGUGCAGGCGCUGGAGGAGAGCGCCGGGGCACGGCUGAGCGCUUUGAGCCGGCGGGUGGAGGAGCUGGAGGCGGCACUGGAGGAGAAGGACUCGGAGCUGCGCGCCUGCAUGCUAAACGUGGAGCUAGCGCAAACGGAAGCCGGCACUCACCGCGUCAAAGUCGCCGAGCUAGAAGACAAACUCAGGGAGAAAGUGGCCGCCGUUCUGGUCAGUCAAGCUCAACUCGGAGCCGUACAGACGCAAACCAAAGAUCUGAGAGGCGUAGCGGCGACACGCGGGCCGCUCCUGCUGACGGAGAGGCUGAAGGAGCUGGAGGACGGGCUGAGCCUCAUGCAGAAGGACCAGGAGCUGCAGGAACAGAUGCUGAGCAGCUCCGAGGACGAGGUGAUGGAGUACGAGAGCAGGUUAGCCGUGAUGAUGGACAUCCUCAACCAGAUGAGAACCAAACCCACCUAUCACGGGUCACAACCAAACCGACCAACCGCUGAGGAGUCGGACGAGGACAGUCGGCCGCCGUCAGAGCUGCUGCAGGAGGUCAAAGGUCAAUCCACUAAAGAGGAGCUGACCUUUUACAGGGAACUGAGCCACAAGCUUCAGGAGGAGAUGGAGAUGAAGGAGAGCACGAUCACGCAGCUCCAGACGGCUCUCAGCCAGGUCCAAGCGGGCUCGCGUGACGAAGACGACGCCAAGACGGCGAAACUUCUCCAGGAGCUGCAGGAGGUCAGAGGUCAAGCGUCCGCCACACAACAGGAGCUGCAGGAGGUCAGAGGUCAAGCGUCCGCCACACAACAGGAGCUGCACAGCUUCAGGGAUCAGAGCGUCCGGCUGCAGGAGCUGCUCCAGGAGAGAGAAAUGAGCAUCGCUCUGCUGAAGGAUCAGCUCCACAGGGCCUCACGAGAGGGAGAUCGGUCCACAGAGGAGCUGCUACAGGAGCUGGAGGAGGUCAAAGGUCAAGCGGCGGACACACUACAGGAGCUGCAGGAGGUCAAAGGUCAAGCGGCCGCCGCUGAAGAGCAGCUGAGCGGCUUCAGGGAACGCAGUCUGAAACUGCAGGAAGAGAUCGAGGUCAGAGACGGGUCCAUUGCUGAGCUGAGGGUCAAAGUUCACGAGCUGCAGAUCGCUUUGGCCAGAUCUGAGGAGCCUCCACAACAGCCGCAGUCUCAGCCUAAAACCAAAGCAGGGAAAAACGGAGACAACAGAGAGCAUCAUGGGAUAAACAAAAGUGCUGACGCAAGUAAAGUCACGCCCUCCCUUCCUCACCGAACCUCCACGGACCAAUCCGAGAGCUCGCCUCAGUCGCGUGUGGACGCGAGCACGCAGAGCGACCCGAGCAGAGCCGAGGACGUGCAGGAGCUGAUCUCGGGCUUCUCGGAGAAGAUCGGGCAGAUGCGGGAGCUGCACGCGGCCGAGAUCAUGGACAUGGAGGCCCGGCACAUCUCCGAGAGCGAGAGCUUGAAGAGGGAGAACCGGCAGCUGGAGCUGGAGAGCCGAGCGCUGAGAGACGCCAUCGACAAGCUCACAGCCGCCGAGGUCACACACACACCUUCACAUGGUCCCCCGGUGAGGUCAGAGCGCCCCGCCGCCGCUCCGCUUAAAGACGGAUACGCCAGCGACAGCAGUUCAGACUGGAGCCAGCGCACAGGUUUGGAUCACCCUCACCUGCAGGAGAACAGGAGCACACCCGAGGGCGCGCGCCGGGACCCGGAGCCGGACCUCCUGCCAGACCGGGUCAAGAGUCUGCUGCGCGAGGUCCAUCGGGAGGGCAUGCAGGUGCUGUCGCUGUCCGAGCUGCCGGCGUGUGGAGCGGAUCGAGGCGCGAGCGGCGAGAGAGACGCCCUCAUACACACCGUGGACUCGCUGCAGCUCCUCAUCAGCAGACUGCAGGCGCACACACAGGUCGACGGCGACUGGCGAGCGGAGCUGCUAUCCGCCGUUCAGCAGGUGUUUGUUCACGAGCGAGACGCGCUGAAGAGUGUUUUAUACUCUCACCUGGAGCGACUGGACACCGUUGACGCCGUCGUUCAUCUCAGCCAGCUGGAGAGAGCGCUAGCGGAGCAGGACGCCCGGCACAGCGAGGGCAUGUGUGUGUUGAGCUCGGCAGACAGAAGCAGCCUGCGCUCGGAGAUCCAUCAGCUCAGAGAUCAGCUUCACACGCUCACGUCUGCACACACACAGCGCCACCAUGUGGACACUACCGGAGCGGCGAGCGUGAGGGAGGCAGAACCGGCGCCGGUCGGGACAUCGGUCGGGUCCGGCUCCGAUCGGCUGGAGGAGAUCAAGACUGAACUGAGCCAGACUAAACUAGAGCUAGAGAGCGCUUUAAAAUCACAACGCAAACACCUGAAAGAGCUCGACACACUCAGGGUGGAGGUCUCGCUGAAGGCCGCUGAGGUCGACACACUGAACGACACACUGGCACACGAGCAGAAGAGAGCGAGAGAGAUGCAGUGGGCGUACGAGAAGGAGAAGUGCAAGUCUGACCGGCAGCAGGAGAGCGAGAGAGAGGAAGUGGAGGAUCUCAAACUGGCUCUGGAAGAUCAGCGAGGGCGUGUGGUCGAGCUGUCGAUCGCCCUCGAGAGAGAGAGAGAGACUUCGGCUCGGCUCAGAGAUCAGGAGCGGGAGGCUGGCGUCUCCUCAGAGCUGCAGGUUCAGUUAGACUCUCAGAGAGCUCGGGCCGCAGAGAUCAGCAGUGCUCUGGAGAAAGAGAAGGAGCUCAACGCACAGCUGCUCCGGCUGAUCCAGACGAGCUCCGCGUCAAACGCACAGGAUUCUGGGACACACACACUCCAGGUGGAGGCGGGCGUGCUCUCGGUGGAGUCUCUCCUGCAGGCGCAGCUGGUGGAGAAGCAGGCGCAGGUGGUGCAGAUGAUGGAGGAGCUGGAGAAGCACCAACUGGACGCGGUGCAGCGCAAACGACAGUGGGACGAGGAGAGGUCUUCACUUCAGCAGGACCAGAAUGCACUGGGGCGACGGGUGGAAGAGCUGCGGGCGGAGCUGGACACGGAGAGAGACACCGUCAGGAGCCUCGAGGGAGAGAGACACCGACUGCAGGAGAGAGUGAGAGAGCUGGAGGGAGAGAGACACCGACUGCUGGAGAGAGUGAGAGAGCUGGAGGGAGAGAGACACCGACUGCUGGAGAGAGUGAGAGAGCUGGAGGAGAAGCUGAGAGACGCUCGGCCUGCGGAUCGAACCCGGGACUGGGUGUUGCAGCAGGAGACGACAGAUGCUACGACACACACUGGUCAGCACACUGACCCCAUCCUCAGCCGACUGCAGCUCAUCGCCACCAGGAUCAACAGCCUGACCAGCGACACCACGGGCAGGUUAUCUGGAGAAGGGCCUGACCGUGAAAGUCUAGCGUGGCUUCACAGUAAUGUACAGGAUGUGAUGUCACUGUUGCAGCGUAUCCCAUCAGCCCCUUCUGCUCUACCGGAGAGCCCCGCUCUGCUGGCUGGAGGAUCCUCUAGUCUGCUGAAUGAGCGUUUACUCCGCCAGAACGCAGAGCUCACGGGAUUCGUCAGUCGACUGACCGAAGAGAAGAACGACUUACGAAACCAGUUACUGAACCUCGAGGACGAGCUGCGCCGAAGCAGACAGAAGAAGGCCGUCGCCGAGAGCGGUUCGGGCCGGCAGGAGCUGGUGCUGUUCUCGAGUGAGCGUGAGUCCUGGGCUCAGGAGAGGAGCCGGCUGCAGAAGGCCGUGGGUCGGGCCGAGGCAGAGCUGACCCGUCUGAGAGCCGAGAUCCGCUCCGACACACUGCGGGACCUGACCGGGGCCGACCCCGACAACACGGCCCUCAAGAGGCUGUAUGGGAAAUACCUGCGUGCCGAGAGCUUCCGGAAGGCUCUGGUGUAUCAGAAGAAGUAUCUCCUGCUUCUGCUGGGGGGGUUUCAGGAGUGUGAGGAGGCCACGCUGUCUCUGAUCGCACGCAUGGGGGGCCAGCCCACACACACACACUCACACACCAGUCUGGAGUCCAUCGGCCGUCAGCGCAGGGGCUUCACACGCUUCAGAUCGGCUGUGCGCGUCUGCAUCGCCCUCUCACGGAUGAGGUUUCUGGUGAAGAGAUGGCAGAGAGCCGGAGGAACCGUGAGCACUGCGAUCGUCAGCAGAAACGGCCUCAGCCAGGUCACAGGUGCGGAUGUGAGGAACGAGUCUUCAUUCCUGCAGCCCGGGAGCGUUGAGGUGUUCAGAGAGCGGCGGGGGACGAGCCGGGGCCGUACGGGACGAGACUCGCCUCGAUCCACCCCAUCAGUGCAGCACAGGUAUCUCAGUAUGGCCGCUGAGCCCGGAGGUUUACCGUGUUCCCACCUGCAGAACUACGACCCGGAUCGCGCUCUCACCGACUACAUCUCACGCCUGGAGGCCCUGCAGAGGCGCCUGGGAAGUGUGCAGUCAGGUUCCUCCUCGUACGCUCAAUUGCACUUUGGAGUCAGAAGAUAAAGAUCUUCAUCUACAUUCAAACUGGCUUGAAGAAUCUCGGUUGCCUUCUCUCGUGCGGAGCUGCUGUGCUUUUAUACUCUUGCUAUACAUGUCUGUGGGACCAAAAAGACGUUGUUUUUGUGUGUGUGUGUGUGUAUCAUCUUAUAAUCAAGCUUUUUGUUGGCGGCACUUGAAACGGCUUCAACAUCUGUACAUUAGUUCUACCUUAUUUGUUGUUAAUGGAAAACAAUCAUGUUGUUACUGUAUAUUUGUGGAAUGCUAAUUUAAGUUGAUUAAUUUAAGAAGAGUUGUGUGGUGAACAGGACGGCUGCUAUCGGCUCUUGAUGACCUCAUGAACACUAGCGGGAGGACGGCGGGGCGUGCGGCGAAGCUUCGCUAGCUAGUAAUGUUGUCAGGUACUCUACACUGUGCUUUAUUCGCUCGCUCCCUUGAAAAGACCCGAGGACAUUUGUAGAAGACAUAUUUUUGUAAAGGUAGGAGCUUUGGAUUUUAUGGGUAUUUUGUCAAAACUGAAAUAAAGAUUAAUAUAAUAUUUGAAAAGUGC